AUGCCCACACUCCUCCUGCUGCCCAUGUGGUCCAUGGAAUAUCACUUUCAGACACUGGCAGCAUUGAAGACCACAGCAGAGGAUGGCCACCGUGAUCAGGAGGCCAACUCUAGUGCCAAGCCACAGAGAUUAGUUCUGUGUGGGGACGACCCUUUCGACCUGAGGGCCCCGGAGUCCAGAAAGCCCAUGCCUGGAAGGUACCCCCAGGAGGAGCCCCGGAGUGCGAGGACCCCAGGCCUCCCCGACUUAGCGCCGUUGAAGGCCACAGCAGAGGACGGCCACCGUGAUCAGGUGAAGUGCAAGAACUGCGGCGCCUUCGGGCACCAGGCACGGAACCCCAGGUGCCCCAUCAGACGCUGGCAGGGGGCCCUAGUCCUCCAGCCCCUGAGAUGCCUGAAGGGAAAGGAGAACAUGCCACCCCGCUGUGAGCCAGUGCCCUCCAGGGGGCCCGACACCCCGAAGGUCAGUGGACCUGGGCUCAUUCCCGGGAGGGGGUCUCUGCUGCAGAGAUGCCCCACGACACAGGACCAGAAGGUCCAGGCCAUCGAGAAGGAGGGGAAGGAGUCCUGGGACUACGUGAGGCAGCCAUGCAGAGCCCAGACUGGGCACGUUCUUGAAAGACCCGUCCAGGCAGAGGAGUUGCCUCGCAGGCCACACCGGGGCCAUCCGGAGCUGAGCCCCAUGGAUGGGAGAGCGCCUGGCCUUCCACAGAGCUGCGUGCCCACGUCCAGGAGCCCCACAUUGGAAGCCGCCCGCACACCUGGCCUGGCUCCCAGUCCCAAGCCCCGGGCACUCAUCCAGUUUGAAGCCCUCGGUUGUAGUGAUGGAGCAGCGGACCACUCUGAAGAAAUGGAGGCUCGGCCCCCACCCCCUACCUCAGAGAAGCAGCCCAGACAUAAGGCUGGGCAGGGACCAAGGACAAGACACGCUGGCCCCUGGAGAGAGCAGCCAGCAAGACACGCAGGCACCCGAAGGAGGCUCCCAGCCCUAGGCCUGCAGUCACAGCAGGCAGGAGGCCUGGCCUGCCCCGGGAGCACCCCACCUCCGACUUGGGAUCCUGCAGGGGGCCGGCCCCUCACCAUGGUGUUCCGGAGGCUGCACAGGGACCAGUGGAGCUGUGGGUUCCUGGCCGCCCCUGAGCUCCCUGCCCACAGCCCACCCGCAAUAGGCCCGACCCUGCGCCCCUUCAGUGUGCUCUAUGAGGACCUCCUGGUGUCCUCGUCCUCCGACGAGAGCGAGCAGGACUGAGCUGACCCACCGAUGCCCACCAGCCUGUGCCUGCUGCUGCCUGUGACCUGGACUAUACUGCUGCUGUGGAGGAGACCUCCCAGGCCCAGACUCUCCCUGGGGGACUGCUAGGACCUGGCCCAGAGCAGCAGGGGGACUGUUGACAGUUGGGGGCUGUGAUGGGACUCGCACUCAGGUGCCCGAGAAGUAUUGUCCGGAGUUUGGACUCUCAGUAGAAUUCCAGAUCCUGUGUCUGAGGCUGUUUCAAUCCUGUCCCCACAGACUCAGUGAGAGUGGACCGAGGGAGGAACGAGCAGCAGCAGAUUGUGGCCCUUCGUUCUAUUGGGGCCUGGACCAUGGCAGGUACCAUGUGGUGUGUGCACGCCCAGCGGUGCCCUGACUGUGCUGGGGUCGUCAUUGCGGUGGGUGGGCUCUGCAUGUGCCCGUGUCCUGUGUGU